AUGGAGAACAGUGACCAUCACCCUGCGCUGCAGCGCGCGCAGGGAUUCCAGAGGCAUUGCGUACAGUUGACCUGCGAGGUGCAGCGUCUCCAGGACAUGUUGAAGGCAGAGCGUGAGAAGAACGGGUCCUUGUCGACGGAUGAGCAAUGGAAGCCCGACCCGAACGAGGGUGAAAGCGGGGAUUUGUCAUUGAGCGAGCCUGAAGAUGAAGGGGGUGCAUGGGGCAAGCGAGGAGCAGACGCACCUCAGGUGCAACAGAGUCCGGACCCACCUGAGCCUUGGUGUACGAGGUGUCACCAUGUCGAAAGCACCAAAGACUCCCACCACCAAGCGGUCGGCGCGCUGAAGCUGCGGUCGCGCCUGAACGAUGAGGCCUUCUUCAAGACAGCCGCAUCGCAUGUGCCGGUUCCGUUUGACGUCCAAGAUCGGAUCCGGAAGCAGGGCCUCGGCGUCGCCCAGAAGGCACUGUGGCACCACACUCGCGAUCACUGGCCACAUAUCCAGCAAUCACGGUGGCCGGAAGGACCUGGGCAGAUCUCCUUUGGCUGGACUGACCUGGAAGAGUCGCUGCUUAAUAGUAGCACACAUCCGAACACCGGGCAGCAGUGUAACGGGUUCUGCAGGCUCGUCUACGACAGAGCGGUUGCUGUCAGUCGCCUGAGAAACGCGACGUAUCAUUUCAAGUUCCAGGAGACCGAGGUCCUGGAACAGUGCCUCAAAAAAGCACAGGAGUUGGCAGUGUCGCUCUUCGAUGAGACAAGGGCGUUCCAAAUCCGUCAGCUCCGCGACAAGCUGCAAGUGGAGGCGAUGAAAGGACACAGCAUAAUUGACGAGCGCUUUCAAGCUGGUCUGCUUGGUGACCAUCCACCAUGGCCCUAUCACCUGGAGUACCUGUUCGCGAACAUCAAUUUCAAUGCGGAAGGAGAGGUCUAUUAUGGCAAUUUCUCCACAGUCACCAAAGAGGUUGCACUUGCCUGGCGAGCAAGGACAGCUUGGCCCGGAUAUGGUCGAUUCAUCGGCGAUCGCAACUCAGGGUACCAGGGAAGAAGGACCAUUAUGAGCUCUCGCAUGAUGCCUGGAAGGCCGCCCGGGAACCCGCUGUCAGCACCAGCCGCAAUUACAGCAGGUGCGUCUGUUACGUCGACACAAACAGUUCAGCAGCCGGGCCGAACUCCACAAACUGCGACAGGACAGAUCGAGACGAACGGCCAUCAAAGACAGGAGACCGCAUCAUCCUCUUCUGAGCCGACGGCAGGCAUAACAUUCAGCGUUGCGGGACCACGCAGCAGCCUGGUAGAGACCGAGAGUCGAAGACAUGAGGCUGCCGUGGAGGCUCCGAUAUCAGCUUCGGAGGCAUCCCUGAGUGUUGCCAAUGUAUCUGGCGAAGCGGAGACCCAUACACACGGAAUCCAAACAGCGGUCGAGUCUUCUGAGCCGGGAUCGAACACAACGCCAACCAUUUCGACAGGGCCGAGCGUGGAGCAGGCGAAUAAUCAAGGUGCUAGCGUUGAGUCCGCUCAGCCAGCGCCAGAGAUGACCCAGAACGACUUUGAUGAUGACACCAACCUUGGCGGAGACACUGUCCCUUUCGGCUACCUCUAG